UAGUUGCAGGAAGUUGAAAAAGUUGAACCAAAGCAAAGCCAAUAUAUAGGCUCUGGGUUUUUAACCGUAUUACACAGCGUUAAACAGAUCCAGAUAAUGGUUGAUAUGGUGCAUCGAAAUUCAUAACGUGUGACUGAAGAAAGUGUUAAGUGAAUGACUGAAAAAAAGUGUUCAAGUGAAUGACUGAAAAAAAGUGUUACGUGAAUGACUGAGUUCUGCAGACCAGCCUGAGGAGUGAGGACAACUAUUGCUAUGGAGGCCAUGCAGGUUCUGGUCCUCUGCCCCUGCUGACGGUGAUGGCAUCUCUAAUUAGCCAGCAGUUUGUGAUAGUUCUCCUGAGUCUCUUGUGUGGGUCUGUUUCUGGUCGUUUGCCGCGAAUACCCAACUUUGUGGGUCAAGACCAGCAAGAAAAUUCGUCCAUUGACGGAACUAGGAGUUUUCGACGUGACGUCAUCACCGCUCUGUCGGCGCUGAUUGGUCACAGCCAUCGCUACCUGCAGUUGCUCUAUGACGUGCGAUUCGAAGAUGAAGUCUAUGACGUCACGCAGUUCUCCAAGACGGAGAGCGGUCUGAUGGUUUAUCGGGUCGACGGAACCGAGGCUCAGCUGGAGAAUAUCCUGGCGCCUGCCGACGGUCCUACGGUCCUUCUGCUUCUCUGCCGUCCUAAGCAGAUCACGGACAUGUUUCGGACGAUUCACCGCAGGAGACUCAACAGCCACUACGUCCUGUGGAUAGUGAUGUUGAGAGACGCAGGAGAAGGAGACUACGUCACGAACGGCCUGGAAGGACUGGUCUUCGAGGGAACUCGGGUGAUUCUCGUCGUCCAGAAUGCUGGGGAAAGUUACGACGUGUUUUCGUCUCGUGUUGACGCGGAAGGCAUUAUCAGAUUCUUCCGUGACGCCAAGCUGGACCUCGCCACCGCCCGCGGAAGAGAUCUCCUGAAGCAGGUCGCCCUUAGAGAUGAUUCUGCCUCCUACAGGGACAUGAACGGGAGGGAGAUGCGCAUCGCAGCCGUCAAUAACUUCGGCCUCUGCAACCUCGUUCGUCUGCCAGACGGGAGGACGCAGCCCUCCACCGGGAUCGACGUGGCCAUGAUGAAGACGCUCAGUUCCGCCCUCAAUUUCACAAUCCGCAUCGUGGACCCUCCCGACGGGUCGUAUGGGAACCCCCUUCCCAACGGCUCAGUCACCGGAAUGAUUGGGAUGGUGGCCAGGAGGGAAGCUGAUUUUGCCAUCUGCGCCAUUUCCCUGUCGGCCCUUCGCAAGACUGUAGUGGACUUCCCAUACCCAUAUUAUCGGUCGCCCCUGGGCCUAUUCUCGAGGGCGCCCAAAGAGAAGAGCAGAGUGCUGGCCAUUCUCUCACCGUUCACCGCCCAGGUUUGGCUUGGCAUCGUCGUUGCCGUGCUGCUCAUGGGCCCCAUAAUAGCCGUCCAGUCGAAAUUGUCGUCUGCUGCUUACGUGAAGGGGCGCGAGUUGCCGAAAUUCCUGACGUACUCCUUCAACGUGUUCAGGAGCAUAGUCUCUCAGGGCAACCUGCUGCCGACGACCACCGUGACCGAGAGGGUCGUCUUCGUCUCCUGGUACCUGUUUUGCCUCGUCGUCUCAGUGUUGUACUCGGGAAUGCUGACGGCCGUGCUGGCCAUCCCAGCCUUCGAAGCUCCCAUCGACUUCCUCACGGACCUCCCAAGGGCUGUCAAGGAAGGCUUCGACAUCGGCGUCUACAAGGACACGACCAACGAGUUACUCUUCAGGGAGGCGAAGGACGGCAUCUAUGCCCAGACGUGGAAGCUGUUCAACCACAAGAACCCAGAGAGAAGUUUCGUCAGAGGCAACGCCCCCGCAAUGGAUGAGGUGGUCUCCAGGGACUUCGUGUACAUCGGCUUCAUGGCGUCCUGCGAGAUCCUCUCAACGAAACUAGGAAGAAGUAGAAUCCACAUUGGCAAAGAGACGUUCUUCUCCAGCGACAUUGGUCUAGCAACCCCGCCCGGAACGCCUUAUACCAAGACCUUCGGCGACGUGACACUGAGACUGAUCGAGGGAGGACUGCGGACGAAGUGGAAGGCCGAGGAGCUAAGCAGACUGGCAUCCUCGGUGCCAAAGGAGACGGAGAAAUCUGGCACCUACGCCAUCACCCUCUCUCAUCUGCAGGUUCUACUUCACGUGAUGGCCUUGGUGUUUCUUGGAGUGAAGUCUGGGACAUUUGCUCUUAAUCCUAUGGAAAUUUUGCGAUUAGGCCCAAGCCCUCUACGUUCUUUGCAUGACAGGUUCGCUAAUCGAUCAUCUCAAGAUACUGGAGGAAAGUUAGAUAUUGUAGUACUAGAGCCAGAAGAGGUGGCCGAAGAAGUCAUGAGUGUGACAGUACCACCAAGCAGUGACAGUAUCCUCAGCCCUUUUCGCCAGCCAGGCACUGCAGGUGACAGCGUCCUCGGAAGUCUGUUCGAACUAGGAGUGAGUGACAUUAAGAAAACAGAAUCGCCAGAGCGAAAGAAUUCACCGUCUCGUGAGCUUUUGAACGAGAUUCUAGAACUGCCAUUUCUCCCACUGACCAGGGACAAUGGAACGUUAACGCAUGCGGGCGAGAAAGAGCACGCUAAAUCCCCACUUCUCCAGUAUUUGGACGUGAUUCGAGGAGAUGCAUGGGCCCAAUUUAAGUCGCUAGCCCUUAGUUACUCAAACUGGCUCGAGGAUGAAUACCAGAUACAGGAUAUUUCCGACAAGUUACCCAUAGGCUUAAUCAAGAAGGUCCUCGAUUUAGGCGACAGGGUGAAUUUCUUACACGUCGUGGGCAAGAAAGUCGACUCUGGACUCGCUAGUUUUUUGGCGAACGAGAUGAAGCCCCUGUUCGACCAUUUUGAUACUCUGAACCCUGGGAGAGCUUUCGGUUCGAGCUUCUCGACGGUGAUCAACAACAUCGUGCGGGACACGGCGUGGAAGACGAUGCACCAGUUCAUAGGACAUGUUCUCAGCGUUGCUGAAAGGUUCGUGUCCAGGAAGGACAUCGAGGACUUCCAGGCUGAUCUGGCUAAAAGUAGUCCCUUGGUCGCCAAAGGAUUGGAGGUGAUCAUAAACGGACCUCCAACAGAAGGAGCUGUGGGACGUUCUCUUAUGGGACGCAAAGGAUAUCACGACGCUGAAUAUGGUUACAAGGACCACUAUAGCCAAAAAGAUAACUAUGGCCACAAAGAUAACUAUGGGCAUAAAGAUCAUUACGGCCACGAAGAAAUAAGCUACGGAUAUGGUGGCUACGGCUCUUUCGAUGAAGGCUACGGAAUGUACAGCCAAGGGUACAAAUCUGGCGUCUUUCUGGACCCGUAUCUCAUCUUGGGUGGACUAGGAGCAGCCGCCCUGUUAGCCUACUUGGCCUACAAGGUCAUCGUGACCACCGCAGCUGCCCGUCGCAGGAGGUCGGACGACCUGACAUUCAUGGAACUCUCUGACAUGCCCAAUCUCGUCUACUCCUUCUUACAGUUAUUGGAAGGCGCCGACGAGAAGUACGGCGACGUCGAACCGGUUCAUUGGAUGACACUGAGGCACCUCGUCAGCGCCUUGAAUUCCCUGUGGUAUGAACGCGAAGAAGUCGGCUGCAUUCGAUGCUCCCUGUUCAGAUAA